AUGGUUCCGCACACAAACGAACGAACAUCGAGGAAUAUUAUGCCUGACGUGAGUACCAGUGAAGAUUCCAAUAAGAUUCUGAAACAGGCCAGUGAGGCCUUGGACCACGAGGAGGUUCAACCUUUUUUGCAACGCCUCAAGGAGCUCAAGGAGCGAUACAACGCCAUGAAGAAACCCGAGGCCCUGUGA